AUGGCAGAAAAUGCAAAAGGAAUGCCCUCAUAUGCGCUUAGCGUGAUGGCUAUUGAUGAAGAUGAGUUUCAUGCCAACUCUGCAAAAUCCAUGCUCUCUGAAUUGAACUAUUAUGUUGAUCUUGUCUUUCCGGUGGCAGUCUAUACAAGUCCCAUCGAAGCACUUGGUAUUCUUGAAAAGAAAGCACAUGAUGUUGAUUUCGUCAUGGCAGCAGUGGACAUGGAAGAGUUGAAUGGCUUUCAGUUCCUGGAAGCUGCCAAAAAUAAGCAUAGAAACCUUCAAGUGAUCAUGAUGUCAACAGAAACAACAAUGUACACAAUGAAGAGAUCUAUUGAACUUGGAGCUCGUCUUUUGGCAAAGAAGCCUCUUGAUGCUAAUAACAUUCAUAAUAUGUGGCAACAUCUUGAUGUAAAAGUUCUUAGACUGAACAAGAUAAAGUGUCUAUUUCAAGGUCGAAAUUAA